UUGAAAGACGUGCAAUUGGUGAGUUGAUACUCGAUUCAUACGAUCGUCGAUCGACGUCGCGACGAUAGACGGUGCAACAACAGCUAUAGCGACAUCAACAAGAUGAACUUCCUGCUGCGUUUCAUAAUAUUCUGCUGCGAUCCGCUGGGCCUGGGUCGUCGCUUCUUUGUGCGACCCGCGGUCAAUCUUACGCUCAAUGUGUACGAUCGCCUUCGCAGCAAAGCCGAUGAAAAGGUGGACACCUUAAGGGAGCUGGUGUUGCGCCUGGGACUGAUCGCAUUUGCUGUGGUGCUAAUUAUUUGGCUGGCUGUAUUCAUAUAUGCCGCCUUCUACUAUGUCUACAUGCCACCAAUAUCGCAUACGCGACCCGUUCACAUGCAGUUCAAAACAUGCCUUGAGACAAGUACACCGUGUACCUUUCCACACGCUCAUGUCUCGCUGACGAAGAAGCAACAACUUCUGAUGGUGGGCCAGGCGUACAAGGUGAUUGUCAACAUCGAUAUGCCGGAGUCACCGCAAAAUUUGGAGCUGGGCAUGUUUAUGGUGUGCGCUGAGAUGCGUGACUACGAUUCAAUGUUGCGCGGACAUUCGUGUCGCUCCGCAAUGAUGCGAUACCGUUCGCCAUUGGUACGCCUGUUUUCCACGUGGGCGCUGAGUCCGCUCUAUGUGCUUGGUUGGAAGGAGGAGUUCCAGAAGGUGCCCGUCGAGAUAUUCUCACGGUAUUUGGAGGAACGCCAGCAUCCCAUUACCGACGUCUAUGUCGAGAUACAAUCACAAAAGAUACAGUUCUACACGGUGACAUUGCACAUCGAGGCGGAUUUCACUGGACUGCGCUACAUCAUGUUCAAUUGGCCGGUGCUCUCGGCCAUUGUGGCCAUUAGCACCAAUCUAUUCUUUAUAUUGGUCGUUUUUCUGCUCAGCUGGUACCACUGGUCCGAUGCCACCUGGCUCCGUAACAUGCAGAUCCGAUACGCCCGCUUCACCAAUCAGCUGCAGAGCCAAGCCAGCCGGGUGAUUGUCGACAGCACGAGCAGUUUGCGCGAUGAGGAUGAGUCCAGUUACCACGACUCAUCGAUGGACAAAUUCGACAUUUCCGAUGUUGGCGAAAGCAGCAGCACCGAUGAUCUCUUGUUGCUGGAAAAGUCCAUCAAUAAGGCACAUCAGGAGAAAACAUCGGAUGUCCAAUCGCUGCGUCAGCGAAAAGUGAAAGAUCAAGCGUCGUAACAUACUCACACAUACACUCUCUCUCAGCUUGGAGAUAACACACCCACACCCACAAAUAUACACUAUCGCCACCGAUAGGCUCUUGUGCCAAAGACUAAUAGGUUUAGGAUUAAUGUAGUUCUUUGCUGCCUCAUGCGGCGGGAUCAGCAUGUACAGCAUUUCUAUAAAGUAUUUGCUUCAGUUUGGCAAUUUAUUCAAUAAAUAUGAAAGGUACUUAAUCUUGAAUGAUCACCGCAAUAA